AUGAAUAAAGCCCUGUUUAAGAAGGUAGAUGAACUAGAGAGAAAGAAAGAGAAGAUCUCAGGUGAUCUUCAAGCAUUCAUGAUUGGGACCAAGAAACUUGAUAACUUGUUAGGAAUGAACAAGCCAGCUGGAAAUAGGCAAGGUAUAGGAUUUGUGAAGAGUGAUAGUAAUAUGGCUAGUUCAUCCAAGACUACAUUCAUUCCUGCCUCCAACAAGUCCACUAAAGCAGCUAAUCCUAAUCCCAAAGGCAAAAGUGUCCUAGAACCAAAGACCAUUAGAGCACGUAAGAUUCCCGCACCUAAGACUCAGUAUCAACAAACACAUACCUUUGAACCUAGGUUUAUACCUACUUGCUACUAUUGUGGAGCUAUAGGACACACGAGGCCUAGAUGUCGUAAGCUUGGAAGUAGGAAUAGAAGUCAGGAUAUCCCUAGUCAGGUUAGCUUCCUUUCCAAUCAGGUUAGUCACUUAACUGAGAUGGUGACAAAAUUGACUAGGAUCACCUCAUCGUCUCAGAAAAUUUGGGUCAAGAAGAGUGAAUUGACUAGGGAUGGUGAGAACUUGAAUUGUUUUGUAGCUCAUGUUGCAUUUAAGGCUCAGAAUACAUGUAUGUGGUAUCUUAAUAGUGCUUGCUCGAGACAUAUGUGUGGAAAUAAGGCCUUGUUCACUACCUUUGAUGAUUGUAAUGGUGGUAUGGUUACCUUUGAAAAUGGGGCUACUGUACCUAUCCUUGGUAAAGGUACCGUUAGCACAUCUGGGCUACCCACUAUAUCUAGAGCUUGUUUGGGAGUGGUCCCCACUUUUCUCAUAACGGUCACAAAAUCAAUUCUCGAAAUCACUCCCAAAUGGGGCCCUAACAUGCUUUAUGUGGAAGGUCUAAAGUCCAAUUUGUUGAGCAUAAGUAAAAUUUGUGAUGCUAAUUACGAAGUGAGUUUUGUCCAAAAGAGGUGUAAUGUUUAUAGCUCUUCAGGUGGUGUUGUCCUCGAAGGUGUUAGAGCUUUUGAUAAAUAUUAUGGAGUUAUUCCUAACUCAACUAUGUGUGCGGCAAUUGAACUAUUGAGGGAAAAAUCUGAAGCAUUUGAUCUGGUUAAAUCUCUAUGUAAAAGGCUUAGGAUUGAACAAAAUCUUUCGAUAUCUAGAGUUCGUAGUGAUCAUGGAAAAGAGUUUAAAAACUCUAAUCUAGAAAACUUCUGUCUAGAAGAGGGGAUUCAGCAUGAGUUCUCUUCACUAAUCACUCCACAGCAAAAUGGGGUAGUUGAGAGGAAAAAUAGAGUACUUCAAGAAAUGGCUAGGGACAUGUUUUAUGACAAGGACCUAGCAAUGGUUUACCUUAAAUCGAAAAUCGACAAGACUCCAUAUGAGAUUUGGAAGGACAAGAAGCCUACUGUCAAAUACUUUCGUGUGCUUGACAGCAUAGACACCCCCGAUAAAAAUCAACCAUCAAGUGACAAAACUAGGCUUCCUAAAGAACCAUCGUCCAGAGUCAAAUCGAAUCAUCCUAAGGAUAAUAUCAUUGGAGAUCUAGAUGAAGGUAUGAGGUUACGUAAAAGAGUUCUAAAUUACCUAACAUACACGAGUUAUGUAUCCCAAAUUGAACCUAAGAAGGUAGAGGAAGCCCUUAGAGAUGAAUGUACUAAAUGGAUUUUCAAGAGUAAAAUGGAUGACCAAGCUACCACAACCAGAAAUAAGGCUAGGCUAGUUGCCCAGGGGUACACUCAAGUUGAAGAGUGCAGUCUUAAUGGAAUACUUCAAGAAAAAGCAUAUGUUGAACAACCCAAAUGGUUCAUCGACCCCAAGUUUCCUAAUUAUGUCUAUAAACUGAAUAAAGCAUUGUUUAGUCUGAAACAAGCUCCUGGAACUUGGUAUGAUAGACUCACUGCAUACCUCGUUGAUCGUGGAUUCUCAAGAGGUGGUACAGAUAGAACUUUAUCCAUUGGGCAUAUUGAAGAAACCAUAACUAUAACACAAAUCUACGUCGAUGACAUUGUGUUUAGCUCUCCCAUUGACUCUUUUGCUCAUGAAUUUGCUGAAUGCAUGGAGCAAGAAUUUGAGAUGAGCGUGGCUCGAGAGUUAAGUUACUUUCUUGUUCUUCAAAUGAAGCAAGCAGACGAUGGGUUGUUUAUUUCUCAAUCAAAGUAUGCCAAAGAUCUUGUCAAGCGGUUUGGAUUAGACAGUAAAAAACACAUAAUGAUACUCAUGAGCACGAGUAUUAAGUCAGGUCAUGAUCCUAUAGGUAGAGGUGUCAAUCAGACACUGUAUAGAAGUAUGAUAGGUAGCUUACUCUAUCUUACAACCAGUAGACCUGGCAUAGCAUUUUGUGUUGGAGUGUGUGCGAGAUUUCAGGAUGGUCCUAAGGAAUCACGUCUAAGUGCAGUGAGGCGUAUCAUUAGUUAUGUCAAUGGGACCGUAGAUCAUGGGAUCUUGUACUCUAGAGAGUCCAAUUUUGAUCUCGCCAGCUACUCCGAUGUUGAUUGGGCUGAAUAUGCCAUUGACAGAAAAAGUACCUCAGGUGGUUGUUUCUAUGUUGAUUCUAAUCUUGUGUCUUGGAUGAGUAAGAAACAAAAUUUAGUCUCUUUAUCUAUGGUCGAGGCUGUAUACAUUGUGGCCAAUAGUUGUUGUAUUCAGUUGCUUUAG